AUUUAAUUGCCCAAAUGGGAUAAAUAUAAUAGGCAUGUGCAACAAAUAUACCACAAUACAAAUCAUCAAUAACGGACAUGAAACAACUUAUAAUUAAAAGGGAUUGUCUUAAGGAUAACAGUUCUAAAGUUACUUUUGAAUAGAGUACAGUGAUAACGGAAACAUCAGAUGAGCUUAAAUUAAAACUAUCUCAGGAUGAAGAUAAAUAGAAUUAAGAUGUAGAAACAAAUAUCAGUGGUUUUGAAUCAUUCUAGAAGUUAGAAACCAAAAAUCUAUCUUAAAGGGAGUUGGAUGAAAUCACUGACUACAAUGCUAUUAAUAAAUCAGAUAGAUCUAAAAAUAGAUCAAAAAGUGUAUUUAUUCGUAAUAUACUUUCUGAAAUACCUCCAAAGAGCAUUUUAAAAAAUAAAGAAAUACUCUAAGAAUAGGAAAAAAGAAAUUUUACAUAAUAAAAAAGAGUUAGAUUUUUAGAAUAGAGGAACAAAUUAUAAUCAAAGUAUAAUGGAUACAAGAAAAUAUCAUAUGUUUGA